GUUCAUAGUGUAUUUUGCCUCUAAUCACCGCCAUAAUUCUUCAAUACAGUUGCAUACAAUUGCGACCUAGGCCAAUGCGAUAGUCAACCCUAGAUAAAUCAGCACUUUCCUCUAAUCACGGUCGCGAGUAUCUCAUAUCAGAUUCUUGCAUAAUGGAUCCGCCAAAUAUUUCACCCCAGUUGGAUCGGCUCGACGAUGAACUCGAUAACCUCGAAGAAGCCCUACAGCCUAUCCUUGGUAACAUCUCGGAUGUCGCUAACAAGCUGCCCCUGCUCGACAAGGCCAAGCUCUACGUGCUUGCGACCUAUUCCAUAGAAUCGAUGCUCUUUUCUUCCCUUCGACUUAAUGGCGUCGAGGCAAAAGAACAUCCCGUCUUCAAGGAACUCGCCCGCGUACGACAAUACUUUGACAAGAUCAAAAACAUCGAGACUCCCCCGGAGAAGCCCGAGCAGACCCUAAACAAGGAAGCCGCCAUUCGAUUCAUCAGAGCCGACUUGGCAGAGAACAAUAACAAGGUUGUCAACACCAAGCUAAGCGAGAUGAUCGCGAAGGAACGCGCCAAAGCCGCCCUAAAGGCUGCCCAAGCAAGUAGCAAGCGAAAGGCCGAAAUAUCUAUCCAACCAGUAGAGCCCAAUACCGAAUCCAAUGCCGAGGAGGGCGACUCGGAAGCUUCGCGGAAGAAAAAGAAGAAAGAUAAGAAGGAAGAAAAGAAGCAUAAAGACAAGAAAAAUAAGAAAUCUCCCAAGUGAGGUAUGGAAUUCAUGGGCGUCGCGAUUAAAAACGAAACUUACAGCGCCAUUAUCCACCUCAGCUUCCGUUUCCUCUAAUGGAAGUCAAGGGUGCGUAUUAGGAGGGCCGAAGAAUUCCUUUAUAAUCUCUAAUGUGUUGUGCCGAGAUAUGCUAAGUUGGAGAACUAAUUUAACGCCCCAGCAAGGCCAGUGAAGGAGAGUGAAGGAGAGCGAAGGGCCCUCGAACCAAGUGAGCUUAGCAGGUUAGCAGAUUGCCGAUACUCCUACAAACACCAGGCCAUCAGGCUACGAUACCAAAGGAAAUCGAGCCGUUAAUAUAGAUAGUUCAUUAUUUGGUGGCGCUAGACUCAUCUGACCAGUUGAUGGAGAGGUAAGUGAUGCUAUUGCUGCGCACUGCCUGUCUUAAACACUGCGCAAGGCUUGAUACCGGCUUCGCUAUCAUUAUAGUCAUACAUAUACCAGCUUAAUAAAAGGCGAAGAAACUUGAUGCCCCUGUAGGA